ACGUGGUAGUAUUAAUAAAUUGGGCCAUGUGGUAAAAGUAUAACUGACUAUAACCUGAAUAUUCGUAGAAGGGGAAGCAGUGCGGCACCAACAACAGAGACACACCUUUCCUGAGACACAGCUUGAAAGAGUUGAAAUGCCUUCCACCUCAUCUUCCACUCGAAGACUCAACUCUACCCAGGGGAGUUGUACAACAGGAAUACAAGGAUUUGUCCCAUUCGGAAUGGAUCCAAGUCGCAGCCCUCGGCAGUGGGGACCGGACGAAGUAGAACAGUGGCUUCAGAACAAAAACUUGACCAUGCAUUGCUCUAAAUUCCGCAAGCAUGACAUCCGCGGCAAAGAACUCCUGGAAUUAAAACGAAGGGACUUGAAGAAACUGGGGAUCAAACGCUUGGGGCAUAUCAUACGCAUUGAGAUCGGAAUAAAGGAACUGAAGCAUGACGAGAAGCAAUUCAUCGACGUCAUCACAGGAAAUUCAACAAACAAUCAUUUCAACUGAUGUUUUCAUCUUGUUCUUCCCUCGUCCUUUGCAAACUUCCUCACCUUGCACAUCAUGAUUCUACGAUCUUUUCAUUCCCUUCAUAUAGCCCUCUCACCCUUUACGUUUCGAGCUGUGUUGAUGAACGGUAACAAUGAGUUCAAAUGAUAACGACGAAGUGAAUCAGAAUCAUGUUUUUUAAUGGAAGUUCGUACGUCCUUCUAUACAAUGGAAACUUGAAGCGGAACGUGUUUAAUAAAACUCAGUCAAAA